AUGUUGAUUAACGGUGAGAAGUAUGCCUGCGAUGCCUGCAUCAGGGGACAUCGCGUCAGCAGUUGCCAGCACCACGAACGCCCCUUAAGUCAUAUUAAUCGGAAGGGUCGCCCGGUAUCACAAUGCCCCCAUUGUCGAGGUUUACGCAAAACACGCGCCAGCCACGUCAACUGCCAAUGCGGUGAGAAACCACAUUCGAAAGCUGAGUGCAAGAAUGGCACAGGAGAUAAAGCAAACCGAAAACAAUGCUGCUGUGGCCACGGGGGUCGGUGUAUUUGCUCUGCCAAGAGAGACUCUAAUCUGGCCACUGUUCCAGAAGUCGGUCCCGCGCCGGAGCCUAAAUCCACGUUUCAAGCGAAACAGCUGCAUAUCCCAGCUUCCAAGAUCGACCCAUUGGCCGUGUCGCAUCGCUCGAAAGUAAAGCACAACAAUACAAGCAAACUUUCCCAUCCAUAUACCUUACCACGAUCUCACACUAUCCAUACACCGGCUGAACUAGCGCGUCGCUCUGCAGAUCACCUUCCCCUAGCCGAGGAAAUGUCCAUUUCUCGGAGUGUCCCAGCUCAGCCGGACUCAAUUACCAGUGCACCCCGGCCUCGUCGUGCUAGGUCUGAACAUAGCUCCCCAGUUCUGGGAAUUAGCGCACCAGAUAUGCAUCUUCCUUCUCUUGAUAUACCUUUUUCAAGCUUCGAUCCAGCUAGUCUGCCCUCGCCUUUAUUUGAUUACCCACAGCAGUGGGCAGGACUGUAUUAUGCGGAUAGUGACCUCGCCCUCGAAGCCGCUAGUUUAGGCCCUCCGUCUGUCGAUUGGUCUACAUUCGAUCUUUCAUAUGGCUCUGAUGCGCUCACGGCAACGUAUAGCCAGCCGCCGUCCUUUGCAAGCUUUGACUAUGCCAAUUUUAGCCACCCAGAGCUUUCUAGAUCAUCAUCCCAUGACACUUCCGAACCCGAGGAUAUUGCGCCAAGAGCUGUGUCAACUCAGGACCCUAAGCUGCAUGAACAGCAAGACGUCCACACAGUAAAUGAUACCGUUGAUGCAGAUACCUUUUAUCUAUGCGCUUCUCCUUCGCGCUUGGAAAUGACCCAUCCCCACAUGCCAAGCAUAAAUUACGUGGGACCCCUUGACACAGAUCCAUAUUGGCGCCUUAACGAACAGGUCUCGGUGAGCGCUGAAUUGCAGCCUUAUCCGCUUCCCCACGCGUUUUCGCAACAGUCAUCUGCGCCUGUUGACGGUCAAAUUUCACUUGAUAACAACGGCGUCCUUACGACUGCCGGAACUAGCGAACCCAUUUGGAUUCCCUCUGCAUCUCCAUUCCCUCCUGUCCUGUCACCUUUGCCAGCGGAAGCCGGACGAAUAAUGGAUCAUAAUCAGUGGCGCUUAUAA